CAUAUCAAGAUCCACUUUCCCAAAAUACUUCAACUAACAUGAAAAAUGGUUGAGGAAAAAUAACUAAAUUUCCAAAGAUCAGCAGAGACCACAGCGACGGUAGUUCUCCUUCUUUUGUACUUUUUUCCCAAAUUGUGGCCAUCUGUAUUCAUUUUUAACACCCAUCAAUUCAAGAGAAACAACACUGGAAACCUUUGUCUUCGUCCUAUUUGAUUUCAUACCACUUACAUAUAAACAACCAAUUAUACCCUCAGGCUCAGACCCAGUCACACAGCUGUAUUGCAUUUGCAUACUCACGAGAUUCAACUUCAGAUCAAAAAGGGCCUUCAUAUGUUACAAAGUUAGACAUCUUUCUGACAAUUGUCAACACCAAUCUCACAUAUAAACACAAGAAAAAUUCACAGCUUCUUCAGCCACCAUUGUGCAAAACAAGAAAGGUUUAUAUUUUGCAGCUGAGAGAGAUAUCCAAUUGGCUAUAUCUCAGCGACCCAGUUGAAGAAUCAUAUCAAAGUUUCCAUCUUUACUACUUUUCAAGGAUAAGAAGCUCGAAACCUCAAAAGGGUAGGGGGCAGAAGAAUUUCGGAUCGGGGCAUUUUCGUCAUCACAGGGACGAAUUCAGCUUGCGCCAAUUCAUGAAAUCGUUGCCAAGAUCCACCGUGAUUCUGGUUUUUCCCGGCAUCCUAAUCGUUGGCGCGUUGCUGUACACGCGCUUCAUCGACAUGAAUGAGGUCCUUCCAGCAGAUUCAUCUCCCAAACCAACACUAAUUAGCAAGACAACACACGAUGUACCAAACCAACUCCAAAAGCAAAUAGAGAUACCAUUAAACUGUAGUGGAUACAACAACCUCAGUAAAAGAUGUCCUACAAACUACCCCUUCUCAUGGAACAAUCCAGACAAAUCAUUGAGCCCUACGUGUCCCGACUACUUCCGUUGGAUCCACGAGGAUUUACGGCCAUGGGCCCAGACAGGCAUAACGCAGAAGAUGGUGGAGAAGGCAAAAGCAACAGCAAAUUUCAAGUUGGUGAUAUUGAAUGGAAAGGCUUAUUUGGAGACGUAUGAGAAGUCUUUCCAGACAAGGGAUGUUUUCACACUGUGGGGGAUUCUGCAAUUGUUGAGAAAGUACCCUGGAAUGGUGCCUGAUUUGGAGCUCAUGUUUGAUUGUGUGGAUUGGCCUGUGGUUUUAGCUGAAGGGCAUAAUGCUAGGGAUCCACCACCGCUCUUUCGUUAUUGUGGCAAUGAUGCCACAUUGGAUAUUGUCUUCCCUGAUUGGUCCUUUUGGGGAUGGCCUGAGGUUAAUAUAAAGCCAUGGGAAGUUUUAUUGGGAGAGUUAAAAGAGGGCAACAAGAAGACAACAUGGAUGAACAGAGAGCCCCAUGCUUACUGGAAAGGCAAUCCCGCUGUUGCUGAAACUAGACAAGAUCUCAUGAAAUGCAAUGUUUCUGACAAACAAGAUUGGAAUGCUCGUUUAUAUGCCCAGGAUUGGAUUCGUGAAUCACAAGAAGGGUACAAGAAAUCAGACUUGGCAAGCCAAUGCAAUCACAGGUAUAAGGUUUACAUCGAAGGUUCUGCUUGGUCUGUCAGUGAAAAGUACAUUCUGGCAUGUGAUUCUGUCACUUUAAUUGUAAAACCCCAUUACUAUGACUUUUUCACAAGAGGGUUAAUACCAGUGCACCACUACUGGCCCAUCAAGGAAGAUGAUAAAUGCAAGUCCAUUAAGUUUGCAGUGGAUUGGGGCAAUAGUCACAAGGAAAAGGCACAGAAAAUUGGAAAAGCGGCAAGUGAUUUCAUUCAAGAUGAGUUGAAGAUGGAUUAUGUGUAUGACUACAUGUUUCACCUCCUAAGUUCUUAUGCUAAACUCUUUAGAUAUAAACCAUCCAUUAGUGCUCAAGCUAUUGAGCUAUGUGUCGAGUCAAUGGUUUGUAAUGCAGAAAGAUUUGAAAAGAAAUUUAUGAUGGAAUCAUUGGUCAAGGGUCCUAAAAACACCAUGCCAUGCACCAUGCCUCCCCCUUAUGAUCCUCCAUCCUUCAAUGCACAAUUAAGGAGAAAGGAAGGUACAAUUCAACAAGUGGAAUCAUGGGAGAAACAAAAUAUGAAAUCUUAAUGUAUAUAUUUUUCCCAUACUAUUCUUAUAGUUUCAUGUUUUCCACUUUCCACAUAUAGGGUUCUUUUGGGGAAGACAUUAUCAUGCCAUAGUUUACUAAAUAAAAAUGUAGCAUAUUUGUGCGAA